AUGGUUUAUAAACUUAGAAAAGAAGUGGGUCAAAGUAUUGAGAAACUCAAUUUGAUUGCGAUACGCUUAAUUAAUGAAAGUGAAAAAUCAGAUCUUCGAUUAGCAGCUCAAACUGUCAUGGCAACGUCAAUAGAAACGACACGUCAAUGUGCUGUUGUAAUAGUGGCUUUACUUAUCUAUAUGGAGAGAUUCAUACUGUAG